AUGGCAGCUAAUCGCAUUUCCUCUGAGCAGGUCAUUUCGUUUCUUCCUGGCCUGCGUCUCUGCAGGCCGACUCCCAGGGUGGAGUGGCAGAAGACAGACGGUGACCUGAAGACCACGAGUGCCUCGCUGGACAGCUUCGACCGCUGGCUUUACUUCAACAGCAUCACCGAGGACGACGACGGCGAGUACCGGUGCAGGGCGCACAACGACCACGGGAAUGCUACACAUUCCUUCACCGUCACUGUGGAAGCGGCUCCCUACUGGGUGAAGAAGUUCUCAGACAUGAUGUACGCGCCGGGGGAAACCGUGCGGCUGGACUGCCUGGUCAAGGGGAAUCCUGAACCCACCAUCACCUGGAGAAUCAACGGCGAGCCGCUCACAGCGGUGGACGAGGAUCCCCGCCGCAGCGUGGCCGGCAGCACGCUGAUCCUGAGGGACGUGGUCGUUUCUGACACGGCCAUCUAUCAGUGUGAAGCCACCAACGUUCACGGCUCCAUCCUGCAGAACAUCAACCUGUUUGUCGUUGAGCUCCCGCCUCAGAUCCUGUCUUCUGAUGGGAUUGUGUACAAAGUGUUUGAAGGUGAACAAGUCAACAUGGACUGUGAGUCGUUUGGUGCUCCCCGGCCUCAGAUUACAUGGCUGCGUGAAGAUGCCGUUUCUCUGCUGUUGGAUAAUCGCGUUUCCUUAUUCACCAAUGGGACGGUUCAACUGGUCAACGUCACCCAUGAGGACCGCGGCGCCUACAUCUGCUCUGUUGACAAUGCCAACAUCUCCAUCACCGCUAACCUGGAAGUCUACAAUCGAACUGUGAUUCAUAAAGGUCCGCAGGACGUUAACGUCCACCUCGGACGAACUGCUUACCUGGACUGUAGCUUCUACAAAGAUUCUCGGCUGCGUGCCAAGGUCCAGUGGAAAAAAGGCGAACAGGACCUGAACUUCCCAAUGCCUAACAAGUCCAGGUUCAAUCUCCACAGGAAUCACACGUUACAAGUGAAAAAGGUCCAACAAAACGACACAGGAAGGUUUUCCUGUGAGGUCCGAACGGACCCGGUGGGCCAGGUGACGGCCACCGGCUCCAUCACGGUGUUAGCUCCACCGGACCCCCCCACCUCUGUAUCGCUGUCCUCCAUUGAGGACUACAGCGCCACCCUCAGCUGGAUCCCAGGAUCUUCACACAACAGCCCCAUAACAGAGUUCAUCGUUGAAGCCGAGGAGAAGCCGCAGACGGACAGCGGCGCCGCGGCGUGGACAGAAUGGACGACGAUUCCUGGAGACUUCAGGCUCUUCCAGCUCAGCCUGCAGCCUUUCUGCUGGUACCGCUUCAGGGUCGCCGCCGUCAACGAACUGGGCCAGAGCAAAGCCAGCGAGCCCACCAAGCUGCACAGCACUCCGGCUGCAGCGCCGCGUUCGAACCCCACGAAUGUUCGCAGCAACUCCACGGAGCCGGGCGUUCUGCUCAUCACCUGGGACGAGAUGGAAAAACGUCUCCACAAUGGCCAGGACUUCCAGUACCGGGUGUACUGGCGGGAGGCCGACAGUAGAAACGCAGAGUGGAACUGGGCCUACGCCAAGUCUCCGCCUUUCACGGUGAACGACACGGGAACUUUCACGCCGUUUGAGAUCAAAGUUCAGGCUGUCAAUGCCAUCGAUUCAGGCCCGGCUCCUGAGGCAAAGACUGGACACUCUGGGGAGGACAAGCCAGAGGAGCCGCCCACCGGCGUUGCCUUCAGCGUGAUGAACAGCACCGUCAGAGUGACGUGGAACGAAGCGCAGAACGUCCGCGGCCACCUGCUGGGCUACAGGCUGUACAUCAGGAGGCUGGGUUCCUCCAGCGGACGGGACAGGAGGUCUCUGGGCAAACACCACCACACGGCGGAGAGACACCAACUGGAGCAACACAAACUGGCAAACAGGAACAACUGGGUGGAGGAGGUCCUUGGUUCCAAGACGACCACUGACGUUACUGGUCUGCGUCUGUUCUCCCAGUACGAACUGGAGCUCACCGCCUUCAACAGCAAAGGGGAGAGCCCUCGCUCCUCACCGGUGCGCUUCAACACGCCAGAGGGAGCUCCUGGUCCUCCUGCUUCUCUGACGUUUGAAAGCCCAACGGAAACCUCACUGAUUCUUCACUGGUCUCCUCCGCAUGAAGUUAACGGAGAACUUCAGAGCUACAAGGUCCAAUAUCAGCAAGAGGGAGGCAGCCAGAUGGAGAUCCCGAUAUUCAAUGUUUUCUUCAACGUAAACCAGUUUGAACUGAUGAAUCUGGACCCAAGCAGCUAUUACCUGUUUAAGGUUAUCGCAUGCACCGCAGCAGGAUGUGGCCCGCCCAUCACACGGAGGGGCGCCACGCUGAUGGAAGGAGCUCCUCCCACAAACAUCACCGUGGUUUCCAGUGUCACGUCCUUCAACCUGAGCUGGGUGCCUGAGGACCGCCACCGGAACCACGGCUUCCACAUCCACUACCUCCGGAAGAGCGCCGGCGGUCAGUGGGAGAAGUCAGAGCUGAUCAACUCCACGCAGGGUUUCUAUUCGCUGACGGGCCUCCAGCCAGGAACCGAGUACAGCCUGAGGAUCCUGCACGACAACAACACGCACUGGCAGGAAAUGCUGCGGACUGUCGGGCCAGUGCCGUCGGAAAUGCCGGGCCGGUUUGCCACCCAGGGCUGGUUGAUUGGACUCAUCAGCGCCAUCGUCCUCCUCAUCCUCAUCCUCCUCAUCCUCUGCCUCAUUAAGCGCAGCAGGGGGGGGAAAUACGCAGUGAAGGACAAAGAGAAAAAAGAGAUCGACUUCGAUCUUCAGAACAAGGAUGAAACCUUCGGCGAGUACAGAUCUCUGGAGAGCGACGGAGACGAGAAGCGCUCGGACAGCCAGCAGUCCCUGUGCGACGACAGCAAGCUGGGUAGCGAAGACUCGCUGGCCGAGUACGGGGACAGCGUGGACAUCCAGUUCAACGAGGACGGCUCCUUCAUCGGCCAGUACAGCGGCCGCUCCGCCGCCGCGCCGCAUGGCAGCUCCGGCCCGGCAUCCCCGCUCAACCCCGCGCCGCCACCGCCCUUCGCUCCCUCCAUGUCCGGCAUCCUGAACCGGCCCAGCUAGAUCCAGAACCAGAACCGCCUACACAUGCAUGUCUGCAGCAGAACGGCAGAGACAGACCCGAUUCCACUUCCUGGUUCCGACGUCCACAGGAAGUUUUACUCUCCAUGUUUACAGCUUUUGAUGCAAAACUGCUAACUUAAGAAAAAUGAACAAAUUUGGCUCCUUUAGAGAAACAAAUAUAUCUUCAUUAAAUUCAUUCCACUGUC